AUGGGAGCAGGAAAGAAGCCGGACUCGCAGCGGCGAACGAACAAGUCGGCCAAGACGAAGACAUCGUCGACAAAGAAUCGGGGCAAACACACGCAAUUGGACCAGAAGGCUGUCGAGCACUUCAUCGGGACUACCAUCUGCAAGAAGGGCCUCGCGCAGUUGAUCACCGACUUCAAGCGCCAUCCCCGUAUCUGUGAUAUGGCCAAGUGCACCGUAUUCAGUCGCAAUCAGAAGCUCAACCGUUACAAGGACGUCGGCUGCCUGGACAACAACCGUGUCCGCGUGCAGGGCAUCAACGAAGAUGAAUACAUUCAUGCCAACUAUGUGCCCACCCUCAAAUGCCCGAAACGCUUCAUCUGCACCCAGGCCCCAAUCAACGAGACGUGCGCCGACUUUUGGGCCAUGAUCAUGCAGGAGGAGGUCAAGGUGAUUCUAAUGCUGUGCGACAUGAGGGAGCAGGGCAAAAUCAAAUGCGCCAACUAUUUCCCGGCCGCCAAGGGCGAGACGACCACGUUUGGCGACUUCACCGUCACCUGCGAAUUGGAGAAGGAGUUCGUCUCGCCGUCAAAGACCCCGGCCAACAUCAAGCAUCUGAUUAUGAAAGUGACGAAGGAGGGCGGCGCCCAGCAUACCGUCAACCACUACCAUUGGGUGAGCUGGCCGGAUCGCAGCGUUCCCCCCGCUGAUCUGGUGACCGUUGAACUGCUCGAGAAGGUCAACGAAACCACCAAACCGAUCGUGAUCCACUGUUCGGCCGGUGUCGGACGUACCGGAUCCGUGGUGAUGCUCCAAAUGGCGUUGGAGAUGCUGGCGGACGGGCAGAUGGUUGAUAUGGAGGCUCUGCUCGUGCAGAUCCGCGAAAGCCGCGCCAACUCCGUGCAGACGGCGGUGCAGUAUCUGUUUGUCCACGAGGUGCUGCUGAACAUGUUCAGGGUUCGUGGCAAGAUGGACAAGGCUUUCUUCGAGAGGCACCAGGUGUUCCUCGAGAAGUAUGCCGCCGCCAUCGCCGCCGAGCUGCAACAGGGCACC